AUGGAGAUAAAAGCGCAAUACGAAAGCUGGCCGCAGAAUGUUUCAUGGAGCGACUCCAGUCAUCCAAACGGCACUGGUUUCGGGAACAUCACAGCCAAUCCUUCCAGACGAAACGAAGAAGUGGCCAAAGUGGAAGUGACUGUCCUGGUGCUUGUGCUGCUGCUUGCUCUGACCGGUAACCUGUGCGUCCUGUGGGCCAUCCACUCCACGAAACACAGUCACUCUCGGAUGUAUUACUUCAUGAAACACCUCAGCAUCGCCGAUCUUGUGGUUGCCAUCUUUCAGGUGUUGCCACAACUCAUUUGGGACAUCACCUUUCGCUUCUACGGGCCGGAUUUCCUGUGCAGGCUAAUCAAAUACCUGCAGGUGGUCGGGAUGUUCGCGUCCACCUACAUGCUCGUCCUGAUGUCCGUGGACAGGUGUUUAGCAAUCUGUCAGCCGCUCCGAUCCGUGCGUAAAAGGCACGAUCGUUUGUGCGUAAUGGCUUCGUGGACGCUCAGCCUAACCUUCAGCACCCCUCAGGUGUACAUAUUUUCAAUGAAGGAGGUCGAGGAGGGAGUUUUUGACUGCUGGGGGGAAUUUGUACAACCCUGGGGCGUCAAAGCUUACAUCAUAUGGAUGAGCUUCAGUAUUUACAUUUUACCUGUGGUGAUUUUAAGCAUCUCCUACGGCUUGAUAUGCUCUAAAAUAUGGCAGAAUUUCAAUUUAAAAACUAAACGGGAGCAGUGCGUGUCUCUGUCGCCCACCACAUCCAAAGGCGCGCAUCCCCUCUCUGGUGUGAGCAGCGUGAGGCUCAUCUCCAAAGCCAAGAUCCGCACUGCCAGAAUGACUUUUGUCGUCGUCCUCGCUUUCAUUAUAUGCUGGACGCCGUAUUUCUUUGUCCAGAUGUGGUCUGCGUGGGACCCUGCAGCGCCAACCGAAGAUGUGGCCUUCAUCAUUGCCAUGUUGCUGGCCAGUCUGAACAGCUGCUGUAACCCCUGGAUCUACUUGUACUUCACUGGUUAUCUGUUCGGUGACCUGAUGCGGUGCUUCUUCUGCUGCUGUAGAUCUUAUAUGACAGCAUCCUCCUGCAGCUGUGACCACCAGUGUAGGCACAAAUCCUCCACCUACGUCAUCAAGAACGGCAGCAGCCAGAGGAGCCGCACCCAAAUUUCCAGCACAGGAGGACUCAGAAUCUAAUGCUUCACUUAUUCAGUAAUUUAUUCUUCAUGCAAACCCCAUUUUUCACAUUUAAUCAUCUUCAUUGGUACUGCUACAUAUGUAAGUGAGAAAAGAACAAAUGUGACCAAAAUAUCUCAAAAAGAGAGACGUCUAAAUGGA